AUGGUUAAAACUGGAGAAGGGACUGGAGAAGGAAGGUACUCAGACCCGGACGAACUGGAAGAAGAAGAGCUAGAAGAGAGUAUCUCUAUGAGUGCAAGUCGGGUUACUCUACGCCUAGGUGCCGAGCUAGUAAGGUCUGAGUGUGUGGAAGAGGAAGACAUAAAAGGGAAAGAAGACUUACUAGCGGAUGAUAGGGAAGAGCUGCUGGUGGUGUUCCGGACCGCUGGUGGUGUUUCGGACCUUGCGUUCACGAUGUUUGAUAAAAUGCUCGAGAGAGAUGUGGUGUCUUGGACUUCUAUAAUCGAUGGGCUUGUGGAUAAUGAUAAACCCGUUAAAGCUAUAGCUUUGUUUGAGCACAUGUUGGAAAAUGACGUUGAAUUUAAUGAAGCAACGGUUGUUUCGGUUCUUAGAGCUUGUGCUGAUACUGGUGCUCUUAGUAUGGGUAGAAAAGUUCAUGAUUUGGUUAAGGAGAAGAAGCUUAUUAGUUUGAAUGGUAAAGUUAGCACGGCUCUCAUAGACAUAUAUGCGAAAUGUGGGUGCAUAGAUGGUGCAAAGGAGGUAUUUUCUGAAAUAGUGAGCAAAGAUGUUGUUACAUGGACUGCAAUGAUUGCUGGCCUUGCCAUUCAUGGGCAAUGUAAAGAGGCUAUGGACUUGUUUGAUAAGAUGAAGGGUCUUGAGAUAAAGCCAGAUGAGAGGACAUUGACUGCACUUUUAUCGACUUAUAGGAAUGGGCAUAUGGUGAGUGAAGGCUUGGCUUGCUUCAGAACUAUGAAGAAUAAGUAUAAGAUCAGACCUAAAAUGCAGCAUUAUGGUUGUGUUAUAGACAUGCUUGCUCAAGUUGGGCAUUUAGAUAAUCGCAUGGGCGGGAUAAUGACAUCUAAUCCGUUUCAGUGGAUAAUUGCAGCAGAUUAA